AUGCAGCUGCGCUGGAGCGGCCAUCUGGUGCGCAUGGACGACGAGCGUCUACCCAAACGACUCUUCUACGGAGACGUCGCGACGGGUUCUCGUCGUCAAGGAGGCCAAAUUCGCCGUUACAAAGAUACGCUGAAGUCCUCCCUGAAGCACCUGCACAUCAACCCGACCAACUGGGAAGAGCUCGCCCGCGAUCGUCCGACAUGGAGGAGAACAGUGAAGACGGGCGCUGCCAUCUACGAAGCCAACCGCAUCGCCGCCGCCCAAGUGAAACGCGAAGUCCGCAAAUCACAACUUCGUCCAAUACGCAACGCCGCCGCACAACCUCUCCCUACGUGUCCUCGAUGUCAACGGACAUUCCGGGCACGAAUCGGACUUGUUGGACAUCUUCGAACCAACUGCACCUCUCGAACUGCUCCAGCCAUCGUCCCCGCGCCCGCCUCUUCCUCGUCCUCUCUUCCGCCAACUAACUCUGACACUCCUUCUGCACCACCACUUCCAUCCUCCUCCUUCUCCUCUACUGCCCCAGCGGUGGCCGUUCAGGCUGCCGUCUCACACAUCGCCAACCACGACACAGCAACCGCAACCACCCCCACCUGCCCUCACUGCGACCGCACCUUCACCUCUCGCAUCGGCCUGGUCGGUCACUUGCGAAUCCAUCGCACAGAGACUGGCGAACCAGUGCCUGGAGCACCCACCUAUACCCAUCAAGCUCGUCUCAACUGCCCACACUGCCCUCGCACCUUCACGCAUCGCAUGGGUCUAUUCGGCCACAUGCGCAUCCACAACGACCUGCGGUAG